AUGUGCCGAUUUUUGGUCUACAAGGGGAGCGACGAGAUCCUCCUCUCCAAGUUGAUUCUCGACCCAACGCACUCGAUUCUCAAGCAGUCCUUCGACUCGCGCCUGCGAUUAGUGAGCUCCAAUACCGGUGCCCUUGCUGAUACCCGUCGCGGCCAGAACAAUGCCGACGGCUUCGGCAUUGGCUUCUACACGGACCGCAAGCUGGGUGCCCACCCCUGCCUCUUCACAUCGACGACGCCCGCCUGGAACUGCGCCAACCUGCACCGGCUGGCCUCCAAAACGGCCUCGCACCUGAUUUUCGCCCAUGUGCGCGCCACCACCGAAGGUUCGCUGAGCGAGGACAACUGCCACCCCUUCUGCCACGGCAGCUUGAUGUUUAUGCACAACGGCGGUCUCGGCGGAUGGAAGCAGAUCAAGCGCCGCCUCGGCGAGCGCCUCGCCGAUAAGUGGUAUCUGAGCGUGGGCGGCGGCACCGACAGCGAGUGGGCGUUUGCCCUGUUUCUAGACACGCUGGAGCGCAUGGGUCACGACCCCAGCUCCCUCUCGGACCAGGGCUUCGGCCCGACCGUACUGCGGAAGGCCAUGCUAAAGACGAUUGCCCUCAUCAACGAGCUCAUCGACAGCAUCCCCGAAAGCGUGAUCCACGCCGAGAACGUGGAUACGCGGAGUCUCCUGAACUUUGCCGUGACCGAUGGCCACAGCGUCAUCUGCACGCGCUAUGUGGGGAGCAGUUCGGACGAGGCUGCCAGCUUGUACUACUCAUCCGGUACGCUGUGGGAGACGCGGGCCCCCGAGCCCGGGAACCGCGAUUAUCAGAUGGAGCGGAGCGACAAAGGGGCCGACGUUGUGUUAGUGGCGAGCGAGCCCCUCACGUUCGAGCGAGAAAACUGGAUUAACGUACCCACCAACUCAAUCCUGACCGUCCACAACCAGACGGUCAUGGUGCAUCCCAUUCUGGACCAGUACUACGGCCGCAACCCGAACCGGCAGCGGUCCACGGCCUUUGUCAGGACCAAAGGCCUGGCCGCGAACGAGAACGCCUCCAGCCUCGCGGGCACCGCGUUGCCUGUGGCUGAGAACGGCAGCAUUCUCAACAAUAACCGCUCGCGCCUCUUGCAAAACGGCAGCGCCGCCGCGCUGGCGCACAAGAAGAUACUCGGGCCGACAAUACCGUUCAGCGUCAGCGCACCGCGGUCCCGCCCGCCUGCGGCCGAGAGCAGCCACUCGGCGUCAUCGACAGUGCCACGAGCGCGUACUCCGCUCGCGUAUUCCGAGGCCGCCGCGACUCCGCAGCUGGGUUCCUCUGACGUCCGCUCCCCGUCCCAGCCGGCGCUUCCCCCCCAACAGCAGCUCGCUACGCCCUCCCAGGGCAACAUCAAGAAGAAGCGCGCGUCGCUCACCGCCGUCGACCCGCCCGCGUACUCGUCCCUACAGGACACGGGCAGCCCCCUCACCCCCUCGCCGUCGCGGACCGAGUUCGGCAAUCCCGCCAAGCUCGCCCAGUACUUUCCUGAGCUGACGUUGUCAUGA